AUGGAUUUGUUCGGUCUUGAUGUGUCUCAGCGCAUACUGAUCAUGCUUUAUGCAGUGAAUUUCUGUUUCUUGCGAAUAGGCGACCUUGAAACAGUCGAAAGGUUCCACGCAAUUUUGUCCACCGUCCAAUUUGUGGUCUCGUUAAAGCAUCUGAAGAUGAUUCAGUUUGUGUUGUGCACGCUAAUUCUGUUGAUGCUGAUAAUCAGAAGGGACUCUGCUGCUCCAGUGGAUACUCCGACUCCGGCCAGUGGCCCGUUAGUCCUGGAUGGAGCGAAUGAAUUUGGCUUUUCAAACGAUUCAAUUGUACCAGGGCAGACCAAGUGCUACUCACCCGACGACACAAUAUUUACCAAGCCUCAGACAGCAGGCAACUUCAAUUAUGACAGCUGUUUCACCCAGAUAGAGGAAGUCACGGGGUAUUUCAGAAGGGUUAGCGACGAGCCCAUUAGUUUUUGGUACACAGGCGGUGCAACCAAGCCAAAUGAAGCUGUUGAGCCAGCCGUUAAGCUUCCAGCCAUAAGAUCAUCCGGUUGUUCGAUCGUUGUCGCCUCCACAAAGCUCUUGAGCGACGUAUCAACUGCGGGAAGGCCUGGUCAAGGAUCGAUUGGCUGGCGGCCUGAAUGGGGUAAUCGAGAUCGUCGAAGUCCAGAGGGAGCGAACAAGGUCAACAGACUCAAGAGGGCAGACAUAAUAAAUGGUCUUGACUGGCUAUUAAUCGAAUGCGUUGCAGCGACUGGUGGAGCAGGCCAUAUGAAAUUCGGUACGUCACCCUGUUUUCCUCCUCUCACUUCUGGAACAGAGGGGCUGACAAUCCAUGUCAAACGUAGAUGA